AUGUCUUCCUCAUAUUUUAUAUUGCUCUGUUCUGCUGAUUCUCUUAGAAUUUUGCGACUAAUCAGCUUCUUCACCCUAUUGUUAUCAUCUUCAAAUUGCUCGGCCAAUGUGGGUUCCGACGUAAGGAAGGCGCCUCGACAGCUUUCGGUUGACUUCUAUGCUAAAUCCUGCCCACAGGUUGAUCAGCUUGUGGCCUCUGUCACCUCUGCACAGUUCAGAGAAUCCCCUGUUUCAGCUCCGGCCACCAUCCGCCUCUUCUUCCAUGAUUGUUUUGUUGAUGGGUGUGAUGCAUCAAUACUGAUAUCGACAGCGCCUGGAAGCAAGGAAUUAACAGAAAGGGACGCUGAUGAUAACAAAGACUUGGCAAUGGAGGCAUUUGAUAGCAUCAACAAAGCCAAGGCGUUGGUGGAGACCAAGUGCCCUGGUGUUGUCUCUUGUGCAGACAUUCUCGCAAUGGCAGCCAGAGAUUUCGUCCACCUGACUGGAGGUCCAUAUUACCAAGUGAAGAAAGGAAGAUGGGAUGGAAAACUAUCAAUGGCAUCAAGGGUUGCUCCCAACAUUCCUCAUUCCAAUUCAACCAUAAAUGAUCUCAUAAAGAUCUUCAGCUCAAAAGGGCUAACAAUAGAUGAUCUAGUCGUCCUCUCAGGUGCGCACACAAUUGGUUUCUCACAUUGUAAACACUUUGUGGACAGACUCUAUGACUUCAAGGGCUCGAAGCAAUCUGAUCCUACAAUGGAUCCAAGGCUCCUCAAAGCACUCAAACUGUCUUGUCCGAAAUUCGGAGGAAAUAAUGAUAUCGUGGCACCAUUUGAUGUCACAACUCCAUUCUCUUUCGACAAUGCUUAUUAUGGGAAUUUAGUGUCAAAAUUAGGCCUUUUGUCAUCUGAUCAAGCGCUUGCUUCGGAUUCAAGAACAAUGCCUUUGGUUCAAGCUUUAGCUAAAGAUAAGCAGAAGUUCAUUCAAGCUUUUGCAGCUGCUAUGGAUAAAAUGGGAUCAAUUGCGUCACGUAACGACGCCGUUAAGUUGCUCCGCCACCGCCUGAGUGCCGCGGGUACAGGCCGCACAUUCAAAAUCACUGCAAUGAGAGCGAUGGUUCAGCGCGUAGCCUCUGCCAGCGUUGAGGUUGAAGGGCGAAUUGUAUCUUCAAUUGGGCCGGGACUGCUGGUACUUGUCGGAAUUCAUGCCUCCGAUGUCGACUCUGAUGCUGAUUUCAUAUGUCGGAAAGUGUUGAAUAUGAGAUUGUUUCCCAAUGAGAAAGCUGGAAAGCCAUGGGACCUGAGUGUCAUGCAGAAAAACUUGGAAGUUCUAUUAGUGAGCCAGUUUACGCUGUAUGGUGUUCUAAAGGGAAACAAACCUGAUUUUCAUGUAGCAAUGCCUCCAGAGAAGGCUAGACCAUUCUAUGAUAGUGUGGUUGAAAAGUUUCGCAAAGCUUACAAACCUGAUUUAAUAAAAGAUGGCAUUUUUGGAGCAAUGAUGAAGCUCAAUUUGGUGAAUGAUGGUCCAGUGACCAUGCAGCUUGAUUCAACGAAACCAUCCAGAGAUAACAGUGAUGAUUCUGAAGCAUCAUAG